GUUGGACGCAGAUAUCACCGCUGCGUAUUUUGAACUGCGCAGCGACGAGGGGUCUGUGGCGUUGUGUGAGGCAAACAAACCUCAACAUGGCAGAUGUUCUGACUCUUGAUGAUGACCCAAAGCAAGAGGAAACCACUGCACCCGUCAAGGCGGAAAACGAAGAAUCGUCUAUAGAAACCACUAAUGGCGUGAAAAUAGAAGCUGAAGAAGCCACCCAGGCCCCCAAAGAAAAGUCUGAACCUAAAGAGAAGUCGUCAGGGAGCAGAAGAGGAAACCGCUACCAUCCCUACAAAGACAAACAUGGUGGUGGGGGAGACAAGAAGGGUGCCCACAGGAACCGGGUGUUCAUCAGCAAUAUCCCUUAUGAUAUGAAAUGGCAGGCAAUUAAAGAUCUAAUGCGCGAGAAAGUUGGUGAGGUUACAUACGUGGAGCUCUUUAAGGAUGCAGAAGGAAAGUCAAGGGGUUGUGGUGUGGUGGAGUUCAAAGAUGAAGAGUUUGUGAAGAAGGCGAUAGAAACUAUGAACAAGCAUGACUUGAGUGGAAGACCACUCAACAUCAAGGAGGACCCUGAUGGAGAGCAUGCACGACGGGUGCUGCAGCGUAUGGGAGGAAUGCACCAGGGUGGUCGAGGGCAGGAAGGAGGGCCAGGUGGGAUGAACCUGCCACCUUCUAUUGCCAACAACCCUAACAUCCCACCUGAGGUCAUCAACUCACUGCAGGCUGGACGACUGGGCACCACGGUGUUUGUGGCUAAUCUGGAUUUCAAAGUUGGCUGGAAGAAAUUAAAGGAGGUGUUUAGCAUGGCAGGUGUGGUGAAACGAGCUGAUGUAAAGGAGGACAAGGAUGGCAAGAGCAGAGGGAUGGGAACGGUUACUUUUGAGCAGCCACUGGAGGCUGUGCAGGCUAUAUCCAUGUUCAAUGGACAGAUGCUCUUUGACAGACAAAUGCAUGUCAAAAUGGAUGAGAAAUCGCUUCCACCUGAUGAUUUCCGUCAAGUAGAAAAAGCACCUCAGUUACCAAGGGGUCUAGGAGGUGUUGGCAUGGGACUAGGACCAGGAGGACAGCCUAUUAAUGCCAAUCGUCUGAGUGGAGGAGGAGGUGGCAUGGGCUCUAUGGGGCCUGGAGGUAUGGAUGUUCCAGGAUAUGGAGGAAUGAAUAGACUUGGAGGAGGAGGUAUGAGUGGUGGAGGGGGCUUUGGGAGCAUGGAUAGCAUGGGCAACAUGGGUGGCUUUGGAGGGAGAGACAUGGCACCCGUUGGAAGAAUGGGAGACAUGUACCGGUCAGGGAUGGGUGGAAUGGAUCGGGACUUUGGCCGUGGUGACAUACCAAUGAAUCGAGGAUUUGGAGACUCAUUUGGAGGAAUGGGAGGAGGUGGAACCUUUGGAGGAGGCAUGGGUAGUGCUGGCAUGGGGCACAUGGGGACUGGAUUAGGUGGCGGGAUGGGAAAUAUGGCCAUGGACCGCAUGGGCUCCAGCUUUGACCGUAUGGGCAUGGCAGGAAUGGAGAUGAAUCGAGGCUUCGGAGGCUACGGAGGCGGGGGAGGUGGCCACAUGGGUGGAGGCAUGUCUGACCGAGGCUCUGGGUCCAAGGGAGGCUGUCAAAUCUUUGUGCGAAAUCUGUCCUAUGAUCUUACUUGGCAAAAGCUCAAAGAAAAGUUCAGUCACUGCGGCCAGGUAAUGUUUGCAGAGAUCAAGAUGGAGAACGGGAAGUCAAAGGGCUGUGGGACAGUGAGAUUUGACUCUCCAGAGAGUGCUGAGCAGGCUUGUAGGAUGAUGAACGGAACCAAGAUCAACGGCCGAGAGGUGGACGUCCGUAUAGAUCGUAACGCCUAGAAUUUUAGUAGGAGUCACCUAACACGUUCACAUUCAACCCUCUUGCCAAUGAGUUUUUGUUUUGUUUUAAAAACACAAUUAUUCCAUAUCUCCAUGUGUCCACUGUUUCACAAACCUUUGUUCAUGUAUUAAAACUUGUUUUUUUCCCCUUGAUCUUGUUUUGUAAACCCUUUUUAUUGUGGGGGAGUUUAUUUGAACGAAUAAACUUUUUUAAUUUUUAAA